UUCCACCGUCCCGAACGAUGCCCACCAGAACGAGUCCGAUCGUCGCACGGUGAGGAUCAAACACCGCUCGGUUGGUUGGUUUUGGACGCGAGAAUAGUGGUCCCGAAGGAUCGGAGGACGAAAGUUCACAGAAAAGUUGAAGAGCGCGGCGCAAUUCACGUCGUCGAAGAUUCUCCUGUUCUUGCGGAAGACGCUGAACUAAAGCAACUGAAGAAGAAGUCGUAUAUGUGCCACGAAGUGAGCGCGUGAAAAUUAUCUCGAAUUAAAAUAAGUACGCAGUUGCUGGGGAACCCACCUAGACUACGAACCCGAGAUGCUGGCAGCUUCGUUCUGUUGCGAGAUCUAUUACACGGUCUUACCGAGCACCACCAUGGCUUCGCGAGUACCACGCUGCCUCUUCGGCAAGCCGAACCCGCGGGAAACCAUGGAGAUGUUCCAGGAGGCUCUGGACGCGGAGAGGAGCAAGUUUGCCAAGAGAUGGGGAGUGGAUCCCUGCUCCGAAGACAAGGAGAAUAAUUACCAGAGGCGGAACAAUGACAAGAGCGAGCCGGCGGUUAACAAAAAGCGAAGUAAUCCGUAUUCAAGGCAGACCAGCAUUCACGAUUACUGGCGAUCUCGAAAAAUAUGCGACGUGAAUAAGAAGCCUUUGAUGACUUCGGUGGACGUGACGAAGCAACAAAAUGUAGAAUCGUCGAAAACAACGAAGACGACCACCACGAUAAAAAAGACCACGUAGAAGAUGACGUUGAAUCAGAAACGAUUAUAUAUACUUAGACUACUCGUGCACACGUGCGGUUUUCUCUUAUUUUGCUGCGGUGGCGAAAAAACCGCCAUGUUAACUUGAACAUGCUUGAACUCGAACGUCGACAGAAUCGCUCGCAAAUAAUUAGCUCUCUUUCUCUUACAAAAAAAAUGUUAAAAAAAUUAACAUAUUAUAUC